GCCGCCAGAGCCCGCACCGCUCCGCGCCGAAGCCGCGCCCACCCACUCUACGUGCAGCCCGGCAGCCGCGGCCCCCCGCUCCCCGCCCGCCUACGUGUGGCAGUGCAUGCGGGGAGCGCCCGGCACAGCGCACCCCAGCCAAGCCCCGCCGCCCUCCCUCACGGAGAACCCGUGCACGGAGCAGCGCGCAUGGCCGGGAGCUGCGCAGGCGCCCUGACGGGACGCGGGGCGCGUUAAUGGCGGCGGGGUGAGCUGUGAGCCGCGAGCCGUGAGCCAUGAGUGCCGUGCCUGGGCUGCAGGAGGACUGCGAGGCGCUGCUCGGUGCCUUCCAGGAAGCCGACACCGUCCGCUUCGAGCGCUUUGCUGAGCUGUGGCGGGAGCGCCGCUUCCACACCAUCUUUCAUGGUAGAAUGAGAGCUCUGGAGAGGAAUAAGAUCACAAAGAAGACGUUGGAGCUGGCACAGCAGUACUUCUUGCCGCCGUAUGCCUUCCAGAUCCGAGUCGGUGCUCUGUACCUUCUGUACGGGCUCUACAACACGCAGCUCUGCCAGCCGAAAAUAAAGAUCAGGAUUGCACUCAAGGAUUGGCCUGAAGUCCAGAGCUUUCAACAGGAUCUGAUAGAUUCCCAGCAUUAUGAUGCAGCAUACAUCUUUAGGACACUGCGUCGUGCCAGAGCAUUCCAUUUCACAGCAAUGCCAAAGCUACUCAACUACAGAACUAAGAAGAAGAUCCAAGAAAAUGAAUGUAAAGAAGAAUUUAAAGAUCCAAGUAACAGAGUAAGCAGCCUCAUCACGAAUGAUGUAUUGGAGGAACUGAUGAAUAUUCAUGAGCACUAUCAGAAAAUGAAAUGUGCCAUAUCAGCUGACAAAUCCCAGCCAGACAAGGCCCUGAGCUUGAUAAAAGACGAAUUUGUAGUUUCUCUUAAAGACAUGGCUUUGGAACAUCAGGAAUGGCAGCAAAAAAGAUUGAAAUUGUUACUAAAAGCUAAAGAAGCUGAUGAAAUGCCAAACAGAGUGGAAGAAGGAACUUCGCUAAGAUCAGAAGGUUCUGAAAGAGCAGAUGCUUUGGCUAGAAUCAAGCACAAGUCUUAUUCUGCAGUUGUUGAGGCCUCCAAAUCCAGAAGACAUCGUCAAGUAAUACUAGAAUCUUCUGAAUCAGGACUGGAUUAUGGGAAAUCUCCAAAACGGAGUAAAAAAAGCAGUAGGAGACCACAGCCAGCAGAGAAAAGAGGUUCUCUGGAAAUCAGAGGUCAGAUGCAAGCAGAAAAGGAAACUGUUACUCGCCAUAUUGGGAUGCCUGUAAUCACAGAAGAAGACAGCUCAGAUACAGAAGAAGUACCUCUCUCCAAGAGGAGAAGACGACGUUAGGAUCCACUUGGAGAACACUAAUGUGAAUUGUGAUGACAAAAUGGAAAUGUCAGAUGUAACACAGAGUGCUUGUUUGGAUUCCACUGGAUGUACAACAGGAACUGGCUGGGACCAGAGCUACAGCUGACACUGGAGUACUGGCGCUGAAUGCUGUACCUCAGCAGUCUCAUGGUACGGCACCUGGUGCCUUCAUUCACCUGGCUGAUGAUUCCUGUGAGAGAAGAAGUUGCUCUGCACUGUGUGAGAUGAGAAGAGGGAGAAGAUGGUUCCUUCUUGUAUUUAGUCUCUAUAAUGCGAUAAUCUCUUGGAACUCACCUUGACUUGCAAUGACGUUUUAGCAGACACUCUUGAAAGAACAGCUCACAAAAUACUUGCCUGUGUUUGUACAAUAAAUUAUUUCUCACUGUUUACUUGCUACAUUUUAUAGCACGCAAAUUCAGCAAUAUUUAUCAAUAUAAAUUGAUAAAUUUAUACAGGUGUGGGAAAUGAACUUGGUGAUAAGCCUUUUAUUGUAUUCAGUCUCCAGCAGAUCUGGCUUUGUUGUAUAUUUGAAUGAGGAAAUACAGUGCAUGUUUAUUGAUUAUUUUUUUUUAUAGGUGACACCAAGCUGUACAGAGGCAGGACUAGAAUUCAAAAUGAUCUUUAUCAAUUGGAGCAGUGAUGUGGAAAGAAGUAGGGAUGGAAGUAAACAUGAAGCUUAGCACUAGGAAAAGGUACAGAGUGGGGAAACAAUUGCUAGGCAACAGUACUGCAGGAAAAGCAAAAAGACUGAGAAUCAUGCUGGAGUAUUUUCUGUAAACAGUAACAUCCUCUAGCAUUUGUGUCACCAUUCAGCCCUGUAAGGCCGCAGGCUUAAAUACUCCCUUAUGACCAUUG